AUGAUCAAGAACGUCUCGCGUGAUGACUACCUACUCGCCAGAGGAGCCAAUCCACGAACCGGAAUUGUCACGCCGGGCGUGCACAGUGCUAGCAGCAGCUUCGACGAAACUGCAGAGCUCAAAACAAGAGGCCUAGUGCCACCAGCAAAAUGGCGGCAGCGCGGAGAUCAGUGGAUCAGUCUUGAAUUUGGCCAACCUACGCCUUUACCUACUCCCGCCUCGGAAGCAGGCCAUCCAGAUCCUAGUCUGCGAACACCACCCAGGCUUGCUGCGAGCAGAUAUAACCGCGUUGAUCCGGUUCCCCGUCCACUUAAGAUUGUGCCGCACCACCUUAAGCAGGCGAGACCAAAGGAAGCGCCGACACCGAGGGAGGUCCCAGGCUCCUAUCCUGUAACGCCACCAGCGAACAAUGUCAGAAGCAUUGCAUCAACUAGCAAUAUCCGGGAGAUACCGCGAAAGCCUGUUGGGAGCCCUCUGAAGGAACCCACUACAGAUGAGAAGGGGGACGCUGGCUUACCUGUACCCCCCUUGAUGAAUGAUGGCUACACUCAAGGCAUGAGAUCCUCCUCGGCACCUUCGCCCUGGAAACCUUAUCCAUUCUCUCCUAAUGAUGUUGGCAAGGGCACGCCUUCUCCCGCCUUCGAGCAAUCAGCUUCCGGUUUAACAGCAGUGCUUCAUGCAGAACCGAGCCAUUUUUUAGGCCAGCAGCUGCGGAGCGUCUCCGCAAAGGCAAGCAGCCCGAUGAACAAGUCCACCCAAAACCGAGACAAAGAGCUCCCAUGUCUGCCGACGAACAGUGGCCAAUCCCCGUCACGUCGGCCACUGGAAACCGUGAUCAAUUGCAAAGCAGCGACCAGAGGCCGUACUCCCCUCAACGGGGAUACGCGUCAGGAAGCAAGGGUGCCCUCCAGACCGGAGCAACCACAGUCCAGCCCACACAUGAACAGGGGUCACGAGUUGCAUGGUCCAAGGGCAAUGAACCCAGACUAUCCGUACCUCCGAACUUGGAGACCGUCAGAUCUUCCGGAACUCAAACGACCCAUGAACCGUCCCAACGGCAGCCGAAUCAUGGACGUUCCGAGUUACGACAACCCUCCGCCUCCAGGCAUGAAGCCAAUCGAGCGUAGAACGCCCAACAGCCUAGACCGCCAGAGAAUUCCCAGAUCUGUCCAGCCGCCGGCUCCAAUCAGCUUCGACGACAUUCUCUUUGCUCCCAUCGGCAUCUCCACGAGCACUACCACGAGCACCGCCAUGUCCACCGACACUUCACCAGGAGACCGGUCGCGCGAAAGGAAUAUGUACAAUGCGGCGCCCAUCCCCCAGAAUCCGAGACGACCCGAGCACAAGAUACCUAUGAGCUACAGAGAUCCAAGUCUAUUCAAUCGAGGCAACAUGGGAAUGGCCACGACGGUUUGGUCCGACGAGCUGUUGGAAAUGCGCAUGCCUAUGACUCGCCCGCGGCCCAGAGCCAUGUGCAGACCACAGAUGCCAGAGCGAGCGGAAGCAAUGCCCAGCGUGCCGAGAAUAGCUCCCGCCCAAAUCAGGAACAGGGAGAGGAGCAUGAACCCGGCCCCAUCCCACCAAUGGAGUUCGAUUGGUACGCCCAUAACUUUGCGACCGCAGACAGCCGGCAACACGGACGGUCCCGGACCGACCGUGCUCCAAGACAAAGAGGGACAGGAGCUGCCGCCACCGCCAGCGGAGCACGUUUCGAAGCCACCACAGGUCCCUCCUCACAGCCCAGAAACCAUCACGCUCGCCGCCACAAAGACCGACACUACUUGCCAUAUGGCUCCGCUGGAGCAUGGACUAUUCCGGAAGUGCAGCCGAUGCACCAGCGGGUUCGUGCCAGACCGACAACGCCGAGUAGAUGGGGGUGUUUCGUCAACAGGCACGGCUCAAGAGGCACAUGUUAACCAGCUGCACUCUCUGGACGAGCAUCAACACGGGAACCCUGGGUCUCAGGCUCUAUGCUUCGACAAGAAGAAGGCCGAUGCGCCGUCAGAGCACCCUAACCAUGACAUCGAUCACAACUAUUCUGUAGACAAGCACGUCAGCACCUCGAAAGAAAUGACCAAGCGAAGAGUUUCAAAUGUCUCAAGCACAAGCGCCGGUGAAACAUCAGAUUCCGGCAAUGCACCUCAAUUGCAAAGACUCACGGCUCUCAAACAAGAGGCUGUUCCUAGGAGAGGCUCUCAAAAUCCCUUGGUCGUUGUCGAGAGGAAUGAUAGAGAUCAUUCGAACUGUUGCCCGCAAUGCUGCAGGGAGCAAGACUGUCACGGCGGCUGCGUAGGUCAUCCAAGCCCGUCUGCCACACCAUUGACAGAUACGUGGUCUUCCGAGGGCUAUAUUAGCAGCAGAUCUGGUAGCAUUACUUCACUGGAAGGACAACCGCUUACUCCCCUCUCGGAACGCACCAAAAGGCUCGGAUUUGUCAAAUCAGCAUUCAAGAAAGGGUUCCAGAAAAGUAACAUCACCAGCAAAGAUGCGCAAUCACCCAUUGCGAGCGCCAGAAUCACUCGAGCGGCUGAUAUCGACAUGAUGCCGAGUGAGCUCUGUGGUGGUCGGGUCAGUCCUGGCAAGUUCUGGGGCGAACAAGGCCCAGUGUCUGGCUCCAUCGCUGCUGCGGCCGCUGCAAAGAGUGCUAUAGGAGAGCGGAAAAUCCAGGAUGAUUCUGCGUCAAUGGCGGCUAUGGCAGCGAAAAGCGCAAUAGGGUUGACUCCGCCAACUGAGCCGAAGAAGCCAGCAGUCUUGGUCAAAAAGACCAGGAGCAAAAGCAGUAACAGUAUCAAGACGGUGUCGUCGACGGCAGCUGCGGACGCAACCAUGCGCAAAGUCACACCCAAUGAAGGUCGUCGCGUUGUGAGUCCACCAACGUCCAUCAAGCAGUCAUAUCUCGAGGCUGGCACGAGCCCGCAGUCCCUGCGCCGGACUCCUAGCGUUGCAAGCAGCACAAUGACACUUGAUCCUCAACUUCCCGGUAGCGCUGUAGCUGCCUUGGCAGAGAUGGUGCUCGUUCCAUUCGACGUUUCGCGUAUGUGGCUUCGAACCCACCCUACCAUCAGCAAAUCCGGAUGGAGUCUUUUGGGACGCGUUGGGGAGAUGCUUCUUGUCGUUUUGGGAACUGGGGAGGGCUGCUGGCGUGUAGUGUAUGUUUACAGCAAGACGGGUAAGUGGCGUGCCCCGAAGAUGAAGGGCCACAAGGGCAAGGAAGGCUGGGGUUUUGCUUGGGAUUGUGUGCGGAGUGUGGCUUAUACUAUGAUCUUGGUGGCGGCUGCAGUAUUAUGCGUGAGGGUAUUGCGAUGGGUGUUCACCGUCGUGCGAGCGGUCUGGUUGCUUGUAAGAGGCGUGCUGUGGGUGGGAAAGGUACUACUUGGUGGAGGCACAGGUUGGUAG